CAGCUGUACCCCAUGUCCAUCACCCUUCUUACCUCCAAGCCCCCGUCCCAUCAUUUCCAGCCAAGAUCCGUUUCGUUUUGCCUCAAUAUCACCACCUUCGUCCUCGGUGGAUCUCCAACAUCACCAAUCCCCAACAUAUGGCGUGUCUGCCUCCAUCACCACCAUCCUCAGCACAGCCCAAUAUGCGUGUCGGGUGGAUCCAGCAAGCCAUCAACCAACUCAAACGCAACAAACGGCGAGAUGCCAUAGAGACCAUGAUCGCCUUCGGUGAUGAGAUCCACAUUGCAGCGCAAACCACCGAGGCCAGCACCAUAGCCAGUCUACGUCAACUCAGCAUUCUCUUCAGAGCCAUUGUAUCACGCUCUCUAUACGGUACCAAUCCCAAGGCCGACCAUGUCAUCCGCCGCCUCCUGCUCUUUUCCCUGCGGAGGUGUGAAUUCCUCAGGCUGGCCCAGAUCCAGGCAGCCCAGCCCGUGCAAAGUAAAGUAGGCUGGCUAUCCUCGGCCAGCGCAUUCGAGACAGCCGACCACCUGGAAUUGUACCGCAACUUUUUCAACCACAUCAUCGCCAUCCACAACCACCACCAUCACCAGAUGCCGCUGGAGGAUUCGAGCUUGGAGUCGGCAACGCAGAUCUUGCAGCGCCUGUGUCCGCGAAUCAAUAACCUCAGCCUGUGGCCAUGUAAGCGUGUUGCCGGCCCGCCAAUGACGCGGGUACGAGGUGUCGAUAAGAGCCGGCCCGUGCGGGGGUCGAAAUCCAAGACCACAACCAAACCAGCCAGACCGCAGCGCACCGUCAAGCUCGCUUUUCUACCUACGCCCCCGCCAACUCAGAUAUGUGGUGACGCUGUGUUGACUGAUACCUUACCGCCGCCAAGCACCCAGCCCAUACGGGCACCACAGGCUGUACAAGUAGUACAUAAACCCGAAGUUGCUCGCAAACCAAGAGCCGUAGGGUACCCCACGCCAGAAGCCACGGUGGAGAAUUACGAUAGGAUGGUGGAGUUGAGGCAGAUGGGGGAAGCGAAUGGGUGGGUUGAAGAACCAACACAGCUGCUUGAGCCGAGACUAGCGCAUGCAUCCGACCCGGCGGCGGCGGUAGUAGCUUUGAACGGUGAGAGGAGGGCCAUGCCAUCACGGGUGACAACACAAGUACCACUUGUGGUUGAGGAGGACAGAGUGGCUUGGGCGGCCAAAGCGGCUGGCAGCGUCGUUGUCGAUGAUAGCGAUAGUGAUGGUGACAGUGGUAGUCUUAGUAAUAACGCUCGUGGGCUGUUCAGGUUACGGCCGGAGCAUGGACCUUCGGAGCGUUGUUGUCCCGGUUGGACUGGUGAUGGUGCGAGGCGGAGAAGUGCUAGUAGGUCGCUCCCGAAUGGGACUGGCAGCAGUUGGAGGACAUCUUAUGGCUAGAUACCUUGUAUCAUGAGUUGUAGUACUGGUCACUGGAUGAUUACUAGUAUUUCCACGGCUCGAGAAGA